UUGCAUUUAUUUUAUCGUGAUGAGUACAGACUACCAGUGAGCCUCUAUUUAUUACGACUGUACAAUGCUUAGCAACAACAAGCGAAAAUGGCAGAUACCGAAGAAAGUGUGCAAGAUCAGUUGGCAGAUGAACACCCUGAAACUGCAACAGCACAGGAUGGUGAGCCAACAGAAGGAACACCCCAAGAUGCAGAGGAGACCAGUGAUGCUGCAGACACCACAGGAAUGGUGGAUGUUGCCAAAGAUGUCAAUGUCCAGGCACUGAAGGAGUACCGGGAGAAGGAUACUUCCGAAGUGCUCCAAGGUGAAGACGGACAGGGGUCUGCGCAACAACCAGAGUCUGGAGAGCAUCUUGACUCGGUGCAGAGACCUCCAUCAGCAUCAAGGUCUGCUUCUAGAGAGGGAUCAGUCAAGGACCAGCUGCAUAUGGAUGGAGAACCUGAGCGAGAGCCCUCUGUUGACCGCCCAGGGUCCGCAGCCCGGCCUGAUUUGACCGCAAGGCCUGGUUCAGCAGCCUCUAUGCAGGGAUCUUUGGCGGGUGGUGGCGCAGGAACACCUGAGCGUCCUUUAACUGGUAGCCGGCCUGGAUCAGCCCAGAGGCCUGGGUCAGCCCAGCGGCCUGGGUCAGCCCAGAGGUCUGGCUCAGCCCAGAGGUCUGGGUCAGGCCAGAGACCUGGGUCAGCCCAGAGGCCUGGAUCAGCCCAGAGGCCUGGGUCAGCCCAGCGGCCUGGAUCAGCCCAGAGGCCUGGGUCAGCCCAGAGGCCUGGGUCAGCCCAGAGGCCUGGGUCAGCCCAGAGGCCUGGGUCAGCCCAGCGGCCUGGAUCAGCCCAGAGGCCUGGAUCAGCCCAGAGGCCUGGGUCAGCUCAGCGGCCUGGAUCAGCCCAGAGGCCUGGGUCAGCUCGGGGGCCCCCAUCUAGAGAAAAACUGGCAAAAGAAAACCCUAGACCCGUCUCAGGGACUGCAGACAGGCCUGGCUCUGCUGAGAGGCAGGGAUCUGGAGCCAGGCCAAGCUCUUUGACCAGAAGAUCACCUCUGGCUGAACAGGAUGGACGUGAUGACAACCCAGCUCAAGAUGACAGGGGCACAGGAGGAUUCAGUCAAUAUGUCACAGGAGGAAGUCAGAGUGGUGGUAGGGAGUUGGCCUUGGUGGACAGUGACCGAGAGGAAGAUGAAGGAGAGAUAGAAGAUGAAGAAGAGGAGGAUGUGGGCCAAGACUCGGAUGUAUCUGACGAUGAGAGUGAGAUGGUGGUGUUGGACCCCGAUCACCCCCUGAUGAGACGCUUCCAAGUGGCCCUGAAUGACCACCUGACAAAGCAGCAGACCAAGGUCACACUGGAGCUGAGAGAGCUGAGCGAAGCACUCAAGAACAAGCGGAGAGAGCGGGAGGAGCUAGGCGUCAACCUGUAUGGCCUGCAGCAGGAACUUGCUCGCUUGCAGAUGAUGCUUGAGCGCCAGCAUGACGAUCUGAGUCAAGCAGCCCAGCAACGGAAUCAGUGUGAGGAGCAGAUGCAGGACACAAGGGGCAUGUACCGAAGUACGCAGGACAACGUAACACAACAACGCAAGGAUGCUUCCAGCCUGCAGACAGAAGUGGAGAACCUAGCCCUGCAUCUGUUCUACAUGACUAAUGCCAAGGAAGACAUACGUGGGGACAUUGCUGUCAUGAGGCGGGCUGCAGAGAAAGCUGACAGUGAAGUCAACCUGGCAGAGACUGCCAAGCAAAAACAGGAUCUAUACGUGGACAGACUGACAGAGAACGUCGACAAGCUCCGUGAACAGAUUGCUCUGUACGAGGCCCAGUGUUUCGCCCAGAAUGAAGAGACUAAGGCAGCAAAGGAAGCCCUGGCUGAAGCCAGGCUGGAAAUUGAGUCGAUAAAUCUGGAGAGGAAACAGCUUUACCAGCAGUGGAACAGUAGCAUUAUUGGCAUGGGACGACGUGAUGAGGCCCACGCUGCAAUGCAGGAAGCUCUAAGCCAACAGAACCAGCAGAUCCUGUCAUUGCAAACAGAGAUCAAUGGCUACCGCAAGUCCAUUGCCAAGGAGCAAGAGAACAAUGAGACUCUGACUAUCCUAGUCAACAAGAAUGAGGCUGACAUGAACACUGUGCGCAAGCUGAUUGCCUCCUGCAUGUCCAAACAGGAGCAGAUCAAGCAAGACUACAGCACCUAUACAAGGAUGCUGCAUGAAACGGAGCAGGCCCUCACUAGGGCAACCACAGACCGAACAUUGCGGAUGAAUGAGGUCAACUCCCUGCGCAAGCAGAUUGAGCGGGAAUUCCUAGAAAAGAUGAGGUUGGAGGAAGCCAUCAUGGAAACCAUGCGACAGAAGAUGACCAUGGAUAAAGUGUCACAGUAUGUCAAUAAGAUGGCUAACAAAACGCGAAAGCUCAUUGCGGAACAGGAAGCAGCCAGGGCUAAAGUAGAGAAUGAGAUAUCUCGGGACACCCUGGACCUGUCCCACACAUUGACCCGUGUGGAACACCUGGGCAAGAGCAUGCAGGAACUGGACCAAGAGAUCCAUGAGAAGAACGAGAUUAUUUCCCGCAGUGAGAAUGAGAUCAUCAAGCGUAAUGCCGUCAUUGAGCGAAAGCAGGGACUGAUCGACCAGUACAACAAGAAGAUUGAGGCCAUCAUCAGCUCUCAAGGGGGAGAGGAACUAGGUCCUUUAGAGCAGGAGGUCAACGGCCUCCAGAAGAACAUCGAUGCCAGAGUGCAGGAAAUCGCCGACCUGCAACAGUUCUGGUUGCGGCAGCAAAGUGAACUGGUCAAACUGACCCAGGAGAAUGACAGCCAACAGACAGAGGUCAACACCAUGAAGAAAGCACUCACGAUCCUCUUCCAGAAGAAGCUACGCAUUGAGAAUGACAUCGGUACUCAGCAGAAUGAGCAUAAAGAUGUAGAGCGCAGUAUCAACAGUAUGCAGAAUGACAUGCUUAAGCUGAACCUACUGUUGACCAAGGAAGGCAAGACUAGGGAACACCUCAAGCAAGACAACAUCCUAAUGGAGAAUGACUUCAUCCUGUCCCUCAAGGAGGCUGAGAAGGAGAGCAUUGAGAUGCAGAAUACGCUUGAAGGGCUUGGGGAGGAGAAAGAACGACUGCUCAAUAGUCUGGUGGAGGCUGAACGGCAGAUCAUGUUAUGGGAGAAGAAAACCCAGCUGGCCCGUGAGGCCAAGGCCACUGUAGACUCGGAGGUUGGUCAGGGUGAGAUACGAGCCAUGACUGCUGAGAUCCAUCGCAUGGAGGUGCGACACACCCAGCUCAUGAAACUACAGGAGAAGCUGAUACAGGACAUGGAAAAGGCGGUGUCUCGCCGCGACACCAUUGUGACACGUGGUGACGCCCAGUCCAAGCUAAACAAGAAAGUGGAGACCAAGGGAACAUUCCAGAAGAAACUGACGGAGAUGAGGAAGAAGAUCAAACAGACGCAACAGGAUGCAAAUAACUGUGACCAAGACAUCCAAGAGCUGCGCUCCCACCAGCAGAUGCUAAGCCAGCAACUGGAGGAAAAGCAGACCAGUUUCCAGCAGUUACAGAGCACCGCCGACACACUGGAUGGAGACCUGGACAGACUGGUGGAGAUCAAGCAAAAGAAUAUGGCAGAUCUUCUGGCCAAGCAGCAGCGUGUUAAAUACUACCAGGCUCUGAAGGAUGGCAAGUACACACUGCUGUGUAAGACAGAGGCAGCACUGGAGUCUGAGAUGCAGAAGCAGACUGAUCGCAUGCAUACCAUUGCCACCAUUGUGGACCGCAUCAAUCAGGAGUACCCACAUGUGCAGCCGGCCAUGCGUAAAGUCAUGGUCAUGCUUAGCUCCAGGGGAGUGGGGGAGGAGGAGCAGUAAAGGGAAUGGCAAAGUAGGGUUGGGAAAGGAGACAUUGAAGGAAUGGCAGGCUUGGAUGAAGAGUUUAGGGAAUAGUAUCCAGGUUUCAAGAAGACUGCAAAGUUUAAUUGUUACUGUUGCCUGGCAGAAGAUAGGUAUGAGAGGAGAAGCAGUUGCUAAAUAUUCUUGUUAGUCACUAAAUAUUAUGUAAGCAUUGUUUUGUAGGGGGAACAAGUUACAAUGCAUUUGUUUAUUUUUUGAAAUCCAUCCUCCAUUACAUAAAUAAGAAACAGAAUAAUACAGACUUACAUGUACAUUGCAAAUACUUGUAUGAAGUGUGUUUAUUUGUACAAAACUUUCUUCUGUUAGUAUGUCAUAGAUAUCAAAUUGAUACGUGUAAAAAAAAGUAGCAUUUACUAUGAGUGUUAAUAAAGAUAUUCGUUGGGUUCAGAAGAAAACUCUUAAA